GACUGGGGAGGGAGAGGAAAGGGUUAAAGACAUUAUCGCAGCCAUUAGAGGGAAAAGUUGAAGCAAUGCAAGCACGGUAGACUUCUUUUUCCUCCCCUCCCCCCCCUUCUUUCCCCUACUCCUCUCUUCCCAAACUGGAUCAGUGUGUAGGGAGGGCAGUCAUCACGACAUCCUGAGCAGCAAGAGCUGACGUUGGGCGAAGCUGCCAGGUAGCUGAAAAAAGGCGCAGAAGGCAGCUGAUACCCACUUUUCAACGGUUUGUGUUUUUUUAGUCUGAGUCUGGACUUCAAGCAACACAGCGCCUGAGACAGCUCAUCUGAACCACACUGUAUUGCAAUACUCGCUCUUCUCAAGGAAAAAGACUCCAUCGAGUAGCAGAAUGCUGCCAGUGUCGCAGCUAGGGCUACAAUACAGAGCCUUUUUGUAACAUUAGAAAUUUCUUUCUGUUCAUACAUUUAGAGAUACGUACAUACACUCAUAUAUCAGUUCUUUCUUUUUUUUGAGGGCACUUUUGGCUUUUUUUUUUACCCUGAUGUGACUUCUUCAUCUUGGAAUGAUGGGGAUCUUUCUAGCUUAUGUUGGAUUCAUUUUCUUUUCAGUUAUGUAUAUUCAACAAGGACUUUCUACCCAAGCAAAAUUCACAGAGUUUCCCCGAAAUGUCACAGCCACUGAAGGGCAGAAUGUGGAGAUGUCUUGUGCUUUCCAAAGUGGCUCCACUUCGGUGUACCUCGAAAUCCAGUGGUGGUUUCUGCGGGCAGCUGAGGACCAAGAGGCUGGAGCUGAGGUGACAGGCACUCAGGUGGAGCUCCUGCCCGAGCGGGAUCUGGACAGCGACGGCACGAAGAUCAGCACAGUGAAAGUACAAGGGAAUGACAUCUCCCACAAGCUGCAGAUUUCAAAAGUGAGGAAAAAGGAUGAAGGCUUGUAUGAGUGCAGGGUGACCGAUGCCAACUAUGGAGACCUUCAGGAAUACAAGGCCCAGGCAUUUCUCAAAGUCAAUGCUAACAGCCACUCUCGGCGAAUGCAAGCCUUUGAGGCAUCCCCAAUGUGGUUGCAAGACAUGAAACCUCGUAAAAACAUCUCAGCAGCUGUCCCAAGUAGCAUCCACAAUUCUGCCAAUCAGCGUGUGCGUGCCACCUCCAGCCCCGAAGCAGCAGCCAAAAUCCCCAAACAAAGUCCACAAUCAGCAAAGAGCAAAUCGCCUGUAAAAUCCACGGAGCGGACAGCAAAGUUGACCCUAACCUCCAACCACCACUCUGCACCCAAUGUACUCUAAAUCUCUACACAAGGAGCACCUUCUUCAGGAAGUACAAACAAAAUUACUAAAUAAAUAAAAUAAAAUAAAAUAAAAUAAAAUAAAAUAAAUAUUAUAAAAAAAGAAGAGGAUACCACAUGUUUUCUUGAUAUAUCUUAUUUUCUUUGGCGUAUCACUGAUAUUUUAUUUGAAGAGAACUGGUGUGAUGUAAUCAAACGUUUUGUAACAGCAAGACCUAGUUUCCUUUUCUUUUGGCAAGGAGAAGCCUCAUCCUUGACUUCUCAGGGGUUGGCCUGCGAGUCAUCAGUAUUACAGAAUUAACCAUGGAUGACAUUUGGUUUCCUACACUGAAAGAACCAUUCCAGCCUGGAAGCAAAAAGAGGCCAAAUAAUGAAACAAACCAUAGUGAUUUAACAUCAACCCAAAUAAAAUACACGCAAACUUUAUCAGAAAGCCUUUUUUUUUCCUUUUUUUUUUUUUUUGACAUGAGAAAUAGGGAGGAGAAAAUUAAUUCCACAAAGCAGCUCAGCAGACUAGAGGAUGUUGUUUCUGGAAAACAAAUGAGGGUAUUUUUCUUUUGAGGUGCUUUUUUUUCUUUUUUUUUCUCUUUUUAAUAUAUUAUUCUUUUUCCCCUGUGAGGUUUUUUUCCUGUCUUUUUGUUUGCUUCUUGUUCAAUGGUGGCAAUUACAGACUUAGGCCAACCCCUGAUGAUUGUGUGGAGGUUUAUAUAUAUACAUCUUUUUUUUGUGUGUGUGCGUUCUAUAUUUCAGUGUGUUUUCUCUAAUUUUGCAAUUCCUGUAUAUGCAAAACUAACUAAAAUUCUGUAAAUUGCUUACAGUCUGUGUGAUAUAACUUCAGAGUAGACACACUUUGGUCCUCAUGCAAGCCAGUUUUUAAUAUUAUCUAUAUGUCGUGCCACUGAGAGACAUUUUAAUUUCUUUUUUUGACAAAACAUCACUUUUACUUUGUAAUUCAGUAAUGUGUGUAUUUUGUAAUACAUAUUCUUCACUUUGACUGGUUUGACUCCCUUCAGCCCUCUGUUUACUCUGUAAAUGAGCAUUAAAAUUUGUUAUGGUCUCUAGACAAUGAAUUAUUUUAGUUUGUAUGUUGUGUUGGAGUUCAGAUGCUGAAAGCUCUUUUAACCUGUGAUGUUUAUAGAAGAUGAAGUGAUUCAAUUACUAGAGACUGUAAAAUGCAGGUUCACAGUCAAAUACUGCAUGUAAAGGAACGUUAGAAACAGAAAACAGUCAAAUAAACCGGAACAUGACUUAAAGGAGGUUCUUUUGGUAAAGAGUUAUAGGAAAGUGAAUUUAUUACACUGAUAAACUAUAUUCUCAUCACGGUUCCUCUACAUGGCCAAAGAAGUAUUUUCCUUUGCUUUUUCUGGAAGUAGAUUUUCAUUACUCAUUGAUAUUCUUAAUUAAAAUAUUUUUUGUCUGUGAAAUGAACAUGAGAAUUUUACUGUUGAAUGAUGUAAUAUGCGUUACAUGAAUUACAUUCAUUAAUGCAGGAAGGAAAAAUUGCUACCAUUUGCAGCUGCAAUCAGGAAGGUUUUUUUCUUGUUCCCCUCUUUCCACUGAUGCUGAAAAAUUCACACCCUUUCAUUUAUCAGCACAGACAAUCACAUAUACCACAUGCUUAUUAUGAUCUAUUUACGGCAGCAUUAAGUAGUUGCAGUGCAGUCGGAUGUGUGAUUUCUCCUCACUUUGUAAGCAAUGCAGAAGGAAGCAAAAAACUAUGUUUAAUAUCUCACCAGUCUGUGGUCAACAAGCCUAGCAUUUUAUCUCAAAACUCUCAUAAGUCUGAAGUCUUCCUCCAUGACUUUCAAAGGGUAAAUACUAAUUAGGGGCAUAGAAUCAACACUUUGGAACACUAAUGGUUUGAAAGAGGAUAACAUAUUUGCGCGGAUCUAAUUUCCCAUACAUUCUGUACUAUAAGCUUGACUGGGAAUAGUCAGUCUUUGUCUGAUUUUAGUCUAAGCAGUAAUAAAGAGUGAAGACAUUUGGUGUAAUACAGACAAAUCAGGAAUAACUGUCAGAGAAAAAGGAAAAAAUUUCUUCUAUAUUAACAUAAAAUUUAUGACCCACUUGAAAUGUUGUGUAUUGAAAAAGUUUUGCUCCAUAGUAAUGACAGCCUACUGAUAGGAAGAUUAAAAACAGUCCCCAUUUAAAUGUUCUGAAUCAAAACCAUUAUUGUGGAUCAGAGAGGAUGUAAAGGAAAGAAAAGAGUCAAGAGUCAUAUCUUUUUGAAGUCUCACUUUCUGAACGCACCUAUGGAACCAAACUUUCAGAACUCUGGAGAGAAAUCUACAUUUUCACCAUGAAAUGGAUAUCUAUGACUGAAUGAUACGAGAACCUCCUGCCUGGAGCUAGGAAACUUCAGUUUCCACUGGUCUUAACUGGAAACAAAUGCUUAAUGUCACAUGUUUUUUGUUGGUUUACUGUAUCCAUAUAACUUGUAUGAAUAUUCUAUGUAUGCACAGUCAUAUAAACUACCCACAGUGACAUAUGGCAUUUUGCAGAGUACUUUAGCCUCACAAUGUUAAAGCUGUUACUAUGUUAAACUGAUAUUGUGUUUUGCUUUAUGCUGUUAGCUGCUUGGAUAUAAAUCACCAUGUACUAGGAAUUCAGAUUAAAGAACCAGCUGAAAUUAAAAGCAGAAUUCUAGACCA